UCAAUUUUGAUUGCAUCUGCGAGAGCCGAGCCAAUCAGAGCGAAGGUCGAGAGAGCCAGAACGGGAGGGCGGUCACGUGUGCGCCUCGUGGAAAAGUGAUUAGAAAACGUGACAAAUGUUUGUCGACGCCAUUCGUGAUAUAUCCAGGCCAAGUGAGAGCAUGUUGUUAGGAAGCGAGCGAGCGAGCGAGCGAGCGAGCGAGCGAGUGACGGCGGCGGCGGCGGCAGCAGCAGCAGCGCGCUCGGACGUGACAGUAGUGUUCUUUGCGCGGUCGGUCGGCCGGCCGGCUCGUAAUCAACUGAAACUAAUUGCAUCCGGGUUCCAGUCUCGACCGAGCCUCGCCCCGCCCCGCCCUGCCCGCGCACGCAUACAAAUGGCGGCGCAUCGAGCUCAUCAAAUCAGACAGUCGGCAAAGUUUUGGACUACAAAGGGAUCCACUUCCGAACUGUGGAGCGUUUGUGGAAUACGUCUAAUUUUCUUCAUUGGAACGAACGUCAAGGCGUCUGCUGGGGAAAAAGCACACGUCACGGGCCCACGUGACCGACCACCGACCUGACCGGCUCGUGCACUUGAAAAAGUUGAAGAUGACGAGCUGGCUGCUCCAAUUGGUUCCCCGCCCUCCCGAGAGCAAGCGACUCCAGGAACCGCUCAGCAGCACCCGGGAUGAGUCCAAACGGGAAGUGGCCUCGUCUCGUCGGAGCCAGGCGUUCCCUCCCAACGUGGAGCAGGCGGCCGUCGCACGGGGCCGCGGCACUCUGCCCUCGGCCGUCUUCCCGGACGCUACGGCGGCGGCAGUCGCGUGCCUUCCGGCGGAGUCCACGCGUGGGGACACCGUCCCGGCUGGGUGAGUCUCUCGCGCAGACGCCCGCGGCGAGGCCUCUGAGGCACUUCCUCCACGUCUCCCCUUUGCAGUAUAAUGGGAUGGAUCGUCGGCAGCCUGGAGCGCACCUUGCCCCGGCCCACGCACCAGCAGCGGUUGUGAAGAAGAGCCAGCUGCAACCUUUGGAUGUCCAGCCGUCAGCAAAAGACGCCGAUGAGGAGAAGCGGGACAACCAGUUUGAAGAUGAGGGCCCAACUCCGCCCGAGGAGAAUGUCGAGACGGAUGCCGGCCAGGCGGUUCCGGCUCAUGUGGAGGAACGCCUGCGGCGGCAGCGUCUGGAGGCCGCCCGUGUGGCCGAGGACGUGGCCAGGAAGGCGGCGCUGGAGGCCGUGCGACGGCUGGAGGCGGAACACUCGGCCGCCUUGCGCAUCCGACAACUUCCAAACAUCCCGGAGGAGCAAAACGAGGACCGGCCCGGGCGCUCGGCCGACUCACCGGAAGUCACGGGCGCGAGUUCGGCCGGCCGGCCGGACGACCGGGUAGAGUCACCCUGGAGACCCGAAGCGGCUGUCCAUUGCUGUUCAGCAGGUCUGCGACUGGAAACGGGAAUCCCCGAGAUUGUUACGCCGCCACCGAGCUGCUCUCCCGAGCCCGCACUCAGCGGGACCGCCGAGCUCUCGGCGGACCAGGAGGAGGACGGCGCCGACGAGUCGGUGAGGGUAGGACCCGAGUCUGAGACCUGUCGAGGGGACUUGCUGACUGCAGACGUCCGUCCGGCGUCUGCGGCCAGCGUCGGAAGCGUCGUGGUCCAGGAUCGCCUCUGCCAGCUGGUCCGGCUCUUCAAAGGUCGGACGGAACGCCACAAAGACCGUCUGGUGGAUCCGGAUGAUUCGGAGCAGGAAAGUCCCACCGCCUCUCCCAGCAAAGCUCCGCCUCCUCCACCCUCACCCCCACCUGGAGAAGACGAGCUGGAAGCCCCCAUCAGUGGAAAGGAAGAAGAAGCUGUGUUACGCCUCGACAUUCUGGGAUAUCCACUUCAAAUUCCCAAACUCGCAAUGCCCAAAUGGCUCGGAGCCAUGGCGGAGUUCCGGUUCCCCUCCAGCAUUGACCCGUUCACCGACUUGGUCUACGUGCUGUGGCUGUUCUUGGUGGUCGCGGCCUGGAACUGGAACGUUUGGCUGAUACCCGUUCGCUGGGCCUUUCCCUACCAGACCCCGGAGAACCUCCACCUUUGGCUCCUGGUCGACUACACCUGCGAUCUGGUUUACAUUGUGGACAUCCUGGUCUUCCAGCCCCGCCUACAGUUUGUCCGCGGGGGGGACAUUGUGUGUGAUAAAAAAGCCAUGCAAGAAAACUACAUGACCACCGAGCGAUUCAAGAUGGACGUUAUCAGUCUGUUUCCCAUGGAAAUCUUCUACUACUGGACAGGAGUCACGUCUCUGCUAAGAUUCCCUCGCCUGCUCAAGUACCAUGUUUUCUUCGAGUUUAACGACAGAAUGGAAGCGGUGAUGAAGAAGGCCUACAUCUACAGGGUGAUCCGGACCUCCACCUACCUACUGUACUCUCUGCACAUCAACGCGUGCCUGUUCUACUGGGGCUCCGACUACCAGGGCUUAGGUUCAACAAAGUGGGUUUACGACGGAAAAGGCAACGCUUACAUCCGAUGUUACUACUUUGCGGUGAAGACGUUGAUCACCAUUGGUGGUCUUCCCGACCCAACCACCGUCUUUGAGAUCUGCUUCCAGCUCAUCAACUAUUUUGUGGGCGUCUUCGCUUUCUCCAUCAUGAUCGGACAGAUGAGGGACGUGGUGGGGGCAGCCACGGCUGGCGAGAACUACUACCGGGCCAGCGUGGACGGCACCGCCAAAUACAUGAACUCGUAUGACAUUCCCAAAGCCGUCCGUAACCGGAUCAAGACCUGGUACGACUACACGUGGAAGAGCCAAGGCAUGCUGGACGAGCAAGAGUUGCUGCUGCAGCUUCCUGCCAAGAUGAGACUGGACAUGGCUGUGGAUGUCAACUACUCCAUUGUUAGCAAGGUGGCGCUCUUCCAGGGUUGUGAUCGUCAAAUGGUGUUUGACAUGCUGACAAGACUCAAAUCUGUUGUCUACCUGCCAGGAGACUUCGUGUGUAAGAAGGGUGAGAUCGGCAGGGAAAUGUACAUCAUCAAGCAGGGCGAGGUCCAAGUGGUGGGCGGUCCAGACCUUCAGACAGUUUUUGUCACCAUCAGGGCAGGUUCAGUGUUUGGCGAGAUCAGUUUGUUGGCCGGGGGCGGAGGAAACCGUCGCACUGCCAACGUGAAGGCACACGGAUUCGCCAACCUGUUCAUCCUGGACAAGAAGGACCUGGCGGAAAUCCUGGUUCACUAUCCAGAGUCCCAGAAACUUCUCCGCAAGAAGGCCAAGACCAUGCUGAGUAAGGACAAGAAGCCGGAGGAAAAGGGAGGCGGCAAAGAGGCCGCCCAGGUCAUCCCGGUCCCACCAGACACGCCCAAAAUGUUCAAGGCGGCCAUGCGGGUGACGGCACAGGCGGGAAUGGCAGGAACCUUCGCCAGACUCAAGAAGCGCUCGGGCCAGCCUCAGGCUCCGGCUUCUCCUUGCCCACCGGCGACGGAAGUGGAAGAGCUUCUCGCGGUGGAGGCGGCGACAGCCAAAGACCAGCAGCAGCAAGUGGACGGAGCAGAGACGGGAGUGGGGGAAGACGCCAAGUAAAAGGCUUCCGACUCUUCACCCUUUUCUUCAGAUAUGUCGAGCGGCUUCUUGCUAGAUAACGCAUAGAACUCUCAAAGCCCGUCCAAUUUGUAGAAUCUAGACCUUUGCCUCGCAGCCCGAGCUUUCUCCGCUAGCGCCGGCCGUAAACAAAGCCUAAUCACCCACUAGCCACUGUUUACAAACACUGAAAAAAACUCCACUACGUCCUGUAAUGUUUCUAUUGUAGUCUCGACACGUAACAAUAAAUUGGACAAGAAAGCCAGAGCAACAGGAAUCUUGUGUGUUUGAUUUCACAUCAACUCCUGGAAGCCUGGUGAGUGGUCUCGGCGAGCGGUGGGCGGGGCGGAACUGCGCAGACAGACAGGCCA